UAAAACUGUGAACGCCUAGAUCUCUGUUUAGUCUGUCGACCGAUGGUUAGUAUGUACAGUAAAACACUGUUAAGGACUGGUUUGCUUUUAUGCAAACAAGAAAAUAAGAACGGAAUAAAAUGUGUAACGUCGGCGUGGAGCAACGUUAGCGACAUGCACAAUCGUGCCUCUUCUACCACUGUAAUAAGCGACCAUAAACAAAAAACUAUGGAUGAUUUGGGUGGGCCAAGUUUUAUGACAUCCUUAUACUGGCUUUUCGGCAAAGGUUAUUUUAAAGUAACUCAUCAAAUGCAAAUUGAGCACAGCAAAAUCUAUGGUCCACUGUGGAGGUCCAAGUACGGGCCACUGGUGAUUGUGAAUGUCGCCAGUGCCGAGCUUAUUGAGCAAGUGCUGAGGCAAGAGGGCCGACUUCCCAUCCGCACAGACAUGCCUCACUGGAGGGGCUACAGGGAAUUACGGAAUAAGGCAUAUGGCCCUCUCACAGAGAUAGGCCCCGAGUGGCAGCGAAUCAGAAGCAUCCUGAACCCGAGAAUGCUGAAACCAAAGCACGUAUCUUCCUACUCGAAUGCCAUCAAUGAGGUGGUGAGUGACUUCAUAAAAAAGGUGGAUUGGCUCAGGUCGACCGAAGGAAACGGAAUCAUGGUGAAUGAUAUGGCAGGCGAACUGUACAAGUUUGCUUUUGAAGGUAUCUGCUCUGUGCUUUUUGAAACACGUAUGGGUUGCCUGAACGAGGUGGUCCCUGAGCAGACUCAGAAGUUCAUCUUUUCGGUGGGAGAGAUGUUUCGCCUCUCUCCCAUUAUUGCACUGUUCCCCAAAUCGAUGUGGCCUUACCUGCCUUCCUGGAAACACUUUGUGGCUGUGUGGGAUUAUCUCUUUAACAUUGCGGAGGAUUUAGUGCAGAAGAAGAUGUUGGAGAUUCAGGAAAAGUUGAAGCAGGGUCAGCCUGUGGAGGGGGAGUACCUCACACAUUUACUGGUCAGUGAACAGAUGACUGUCACUGAGGUACUGGGAAGCAUCACUGAACUGCUGCUGGCUGGAGUUGACACAACAUCCAACACCAUCUCCUGGGCUCUGUACCACAUGGCCCGAGAGCCUGAGAUCCAGGAGAGGCUCCAUCAGGAGGUGAUCAGCGUCUGCCCCAGCAACAAGGUUCCCAGCAGUGACGACAUCGCCAAGAUGCCCUGGCUUAAGGCUGUUGUGAGGGAAACCCUCAGGAUGUAUCCAGUGGUGCCCGGCAAUGCUCGAGUGACUGCCGAAAAAGAAAUAGUCGUGGGUGGCCAUCUCUUCCCUAAAAAUACUCUGUUCCACCUGUGUCACUACGCGGUGUCGUAUGAUGAAAAGAUGUUCCCUGAGCCCCAUGCUUUCCAGCCUGAGCGCUGGCUCCGCGGACAGAGGCAGGCCGGCCAGCAUCCGUUUGCCUCUGUUCCAUUCGGCUUUGGCAUCCGUGCUUGUCUGGGCCGGAGAGUGGCAGAACUGGAGAUGUACCUCCUCUUGUCACGGUUAAUGAAACAAUACAAGGUGCGUCCUGAUCCUUCAGGCAAAACAGUCGAGCCCAUCACAAGAACCGUCCUCGUCCCAGCCACUCCAAUCAACCUUCAGUUUAUCGACCGGAAACUGGAGCAGGAGUGACCAUUCAAAAAGAAAAAGACACGGCUGCUUUACGAACGAUGCCUUUGAUCUCAAAACUCAGUCGUGUAUAUGAAAGCAUUUAUCAGUAUGCCUUAUGCCAGCAAUAACAUUCAUUCACCUGUGUCGUAAUACCUCCUGUCACAUUUGUCUUUGUCUGUUGUGAACGAAAACGCAUUAAUGGACCAGAGUGGAUCGUUUAAUUAUGUAUGAUAAUCAUAAUAUAUCACUGUUUAGACUCACUGUUGACACAAUUUAUUAUGUAAAUAUUUCUGUUUUAAUGGUACAGCUAAUAGGAUUUUUAUUGUACUGUAUGACAGUGAUUCUCUACAUGAGCCAACCUGAUUAUUGCUCCUUCUUUGUUGUGGAUUUUCUUCUUGUCACAACAGUAGCUCUAGGAGGGAUUAUUGGUUAACUGGAUUAUGCUGAAACUGAGGUGGAUAUUGUUGAAACUUUUAUUCAAGAAAUACCCAGUAUGCUUCAUUCCUCUCACCACUAUGCACUUUAAAUUUCUUCCUGCUGAUUUAUCAAAGUCUUUUUAAUUAUCUAAGGUAUUCAACUGACUAAAAUGGUGAGCAAAGUUUCUUUGGUGAGGCUGCCCUCUGGUGUUUUUUUUGUUAAUAUUGCAAAAACAAAGUAGAAACACUUAAUACUUUCCAAUGACGGAAUUAACUUUACUGUAUGAUUUCUGUAAGUAAGUUUGUCUUCUUCACUGGAGUAUAAAUAUUUUAACACAAAA